UGGCUAUUGAUGGCGCAUUUGGGACUUACUCAACAGUUUCAGAUUUCUGAAGGGAAUGCGAGGGUCAAGUUGGUUUUGAGCUGAACAAAGCCUGCAUAACAUCCCAGAUAAUACAUGGUUCUUUAUUAUCCACUCCCAAGACCAAACUUGUUGUUCCAGUGACUUCCAUGGCGAGAGAAAUUGUACUAGCUGUCUUGGGGAAAUUAACCAAUCUUCUAAUUCAAGAAUCAGAUGCUUUGCUUGGACUAGAAGAUCAAAUUCAAUGGAUUGAGAGCUAUCUCCGUGAAAAUGCAGAUUCAGCAAGACAUGGGUCGGUGAAAAUAUUAAGGGAAGCUAUUUAUGAUCUUGAAGACGUGAUCAAUGAACUGAUAGAAAGGUCGAGCCAAAGAAGUAGGAAAUAUGUUUUAAUUUCAUAUGUUUUGACUUUCUAUAGUGUACCGAAGCAUUUCUUUGACAUUUUGGUUGUUCUGGAUUUGCUUGAUCACUAUAAACUCAGGAUCAAACUAGAAAAACUCAAGGUUGACAUACCCUGUGGAUUUUUCACUUUUUUGUGUGCUGGUUCAUGGGCAAGCUCCUUCGACUUAUACUCUCAGGACAUAGGCAACAACAGAUCCAUUGGGCCUCUUGUAAGAGAGUUUGAAGUCUUGGCUAGCCAAAUGCAUCUUAAACCUGCAGUCAGGAAGCAAUCCAUGUGGUUUAGAGAUGAAUUCAGGUUGUUGCAAGAUUCACUUUUAAAAGUUGAAUCAGCAGAAGAGAGUGAAGAAAAAUUAGUGUGGGUAGAAGAAUUUUGGGAUGUCUGCCGCUCAGCUGAGAAUGCUAUUGGCCUUUUCAUGGACAAGCAGCAUCUGAGGAAGGGUUCUCAAUAUUUCAAAAGCUUGCUCUGGACUCCCCAUAAAUUCAUGUCGCAACGUAAGUUUAUCCAGCAGCUGGAUCGAAUAAAAUCUAAGGUUGCUGAUCUUUCUGCUAAUGUAUUGGGUGUUGUAAGUAAAGUUAUAAAAAUUGGACACGGAACUUAUGUUUUCCAUCGAAAAACUUGGAAGAGAGACAGUAAAAGAUUUCUACCACGAAAUGCUCUUGAGGCUAUGCAAAUUGACUUAGACGAGGAUGUCAAUGUGCAAGAUGAAGAUAUAGAAACAAGUUCUGAGUCAUCUUCUGGUACAAUUUCUGUUGGUCCAGGCGAUCAAGCUGAAUGGGGCAUUAAUGAGGAAGGUGUGGAUGCAGAUGCAAGGGCAAGAGCUGCACAAGUUAGCUUCGAUGAGGAUGUAGAUGCAAUUACCGCACAGCUGUUAAAACCAGAUACUCGCUGCCUCACUGUUUCAAUUGUUGGUAUUAAAGGUAUUGGAAAAACAAGUCUUGCAAGACUAAUCUUCCACAGUCAGGCUAUUGUACAUCAUUUCCCCCAUCGUAUUUGGAUGUCUUAUGAAGACAUGAUAGGAUUUAUGAAUCAAUAUUACGAUUCAUAUAUUCAACAGCAUGCACCUUCGAAAAUCCAGAAAACUUGUGCUGCAGAAGAAGAGAUUACGAGUGCUAAUGUUCCAUAUGGGAAUAACGUCAUGGUGCAGAUGGUUGAUUCUUUAUUUGGGAGUAAUAAGUCUCUCAUUGUCCUUGAUGGUUCAUAUGCAAGUAGCUUCUGGCGAAGAAUAGAGAGAAAAUUCCGAGAUAAAUCAAAUGGCAGUAGAAUUAUUUUGACACUCAACCACCUAUCAGCAGCUCCACCGGUCACUGAAACUGAUUUCACCUACAGACUCCAUCUUCGAAGUGAUGAUGAGAGCUGGGCAUUGUUCACGAAUGUUGUGAAGGUAGAUAUUCCUACAGAGCUAAAAGUGAAUUUAAAGAAAGUCAUUUUAAGAAAAUGUGGAGGACUACCAAAGUUGAUCACCAAAUUAGGUCUACUAUUGUCACAAAGAGUUGCAACUCUAAAUGAGUGGUCAACGCUGCUCAACGGCGUGAACCAAGAUGAAGAUCCAUGGUUAGAAAUUAUAACAGAAAUCAACAAGACUUUGCCUUUGCAUUUGAGGAGAUGCCUUUUCUACUUUGGAUUGUUUCCGGUGGACUAUAAGGUCCCUACAAGAAGAUUGAUUGCUUUAUGGAUUGCAGAGGGUUUAGGACGGCAAGCAGAUGACGAUAAUUCAUUUGAACGUACUGCAGAGGAGUUCUUGAGAGAGUUGAUAAAUUGCAAUAUGGUUCAAGUAACAAAUAAGAAACUUGGAGGGAAGGUUAAGACAUGUUGCCUACCGGAGGCGCUUCGAGUACACUGGCUCUCAAAAGCCAGGAAAGCUACUUUUCUACAUAAUCACUCAGAUGGUAGCAGUACUAGCAGCCUCAACUUUCCUGCAGUGCGACGUCUUGCUGACCAUCUUAAUCCAAAUGAUGCCAUCUUUGAUCAUGUCCAUGGUAACAACACUUCUCUAUUCCAUUGCUAUAAAAAUGCUGUCUCAUUUUUAUCCUUUGACACUCGAGAAGGAAGCAGAGCUGGCGAAGAUAUGGAAAACUUUCUUGAUCGUUGCAUCUCGAGUGGUAGCUUCCUCUUUUUGUGGGUUUUGGAUCUUGAAAAUGUGUACAGGCCAAAACUGCCAAAGGUAGUUGGUAAACUCACUCGGUUGAAGUACCUCGGUCUGAGGUCAACUUACCUGGAUAUACUUCCUAUAUUCAUUGACAAAUUGUUGAACCUGCAAACGCUGGAUUUGAAGCGAACCUGCAUUUGUAAUCUCCCCACUUCAAUCUGGAAGAUGCAAAAGCUAAGACAUUUAUUUCUGGAUGACAAUUUUCACAGCAUGUUUAUCCCUCGACAUGAAGAUGACAUCACUCUUCAGGAUCUUCAAACACUUCGAGGGGUACUUAUAAAUGAGAAUAGUCCAGUGAGAAAUGGUAUGGAUACAUUGUUAAGUAUACGAAAGCUGGGUGUGAAGUCCAAAAUUUCAGUGCCAUCUCAAAAAGAUGCAAUGACCUCACAACUAAAAGUUGUGGCUAAUUGGGUUAUGAAUCUGAAAUGCCUUCAGUCUUUGAGACUGAAAUCAUACGACGAAACGGGUCAGCCUUGGGAUAUUCACUUAGGGUCUUUAUUAGACCACACUGAUCUCUCUGAUGUAUAUUUGGUCGGAAAAUUACAGAAUCAACAGCUGUUGUCCAAGUUUCCGAUAAACCUUAUCGAACUUACGUUGUCAGGAUCUGAACUUGCAGAGGAUGAUCCAAUGCAAAUACUGGACAAGCUUCCCAACCUGAGAAUUCUAAGAUUAUUGGCGAGAUCGUUUAUCGGAAAGAAAAUGAUGUGCGGUUGUGAAGGAUUUCCGAAGCUUGAAAUCCUAAAACUCUGGGAGCUGAAUUUUCUGGAGGAUUGGGUUGUGGGGGAAGGAGCAUUGCGUAGUUUAAAAGAGUUGGAGAUGAGACAUUGUGUGAAUUUGAAAAGCCUUCCUGAUGGACUGCAGCUUGUUACGAGCCUUCGUGAAGUAAAAUUAAGCAAAAUGGUGGAGCUGUCAAGGAGGAUUCGAGAUAGAAUUGGUGAGGAUUGGAUUAGAAUAUCUCAUGUGCGGAAUGUCAGCAUACAAAAUUGAUCAAACUCAUAACUGAUAAGCUUUUACUUUGUUCUGAUGAAAAACAAAUACAUUUGGUUAGUAAAUGAGUCAGAAACUUAGAACAAGGUUAAAUUGUUAGAGUACUAGUAUGUUGUGUAUAAUUAUUUAAAAUAAUAUAAUUGAUGAAGUUCAAAAUAAAUAAUUAUAUUUAUUAUAUGUGUUUUUUAAAUGUAAA